AUGGCACGAAUAUCUCUGUUUAUCCUCCUGCUAGGAGCUUUAGUCUCCCUUGCCGCAGCUUCCGCGCCAACCUUCUGUAAAUGCACAUGCUUUAAGAACAGCACCAUCAUCCCCCUGGGUCCCAAAGGCGAAACAUCCUCAUCGCAGCUCCGUCGCGCCGUUCUCGAUUUCUCAACCCCUCAUCUCGAGCCACGUUCGAAAUCGAAAUCAUGCUCCGAAUGUACCAAGGCCUUUUGUCUCAAGCAGGGCAUUGACUUCUGCAAGGACGCGACAGAAGAGGACGUCACGACCAUGUGCUUUCAACGUGACAGCAACAAAGACAAGAUCAUCGUAUGGGCUUUCAUUAUUGGCACUGUUGGAUUGUUGGGCUGGGCUGCGUUCAAGAAGGUUGCGGCGUUACGCCAGGGGCCUACGUUUGGAAGACAGGGCAGCAAUUAUGCUCCUAUGCAAGGGAACUUCCGAUGA